UGAUACGUGAAACACAUGAAGAUUGAUAAAUCACCGUCACUCUGAAUCACGGGUUUACUCGUACAAGUCGCAACGAGUAGACGAGCAGACUCAUUUCAUCCUGAAACAGACUGCGUUCUUAUCAGUUAUCAGAAACGAAGCGACCUCCCAGAUACCUCACACAAAUUUCCCGGCACUGGAGCCGUCAUGGACGCCGCCGACAACGCAUACCACCACCAUAUGCACGGAAUGGCGCCGCCGAAGGAUUCCUCCACCGCAUCGCCGGAGAUGACGCACGGCACGAUGAUGCUGCACAUGACCUUCUUUUGGGGAGACAACGCCGAGAUUCUGUUCAAUCGCUGGCCUGGCGAACGCGGCGGCAUGUACGCCUUGGCCUUGAUCUUCGUUUUCGUGCUUGCUUUGAUCGUCGAGUGGCUUUCGCAUAGCCGAUUGAUUAAGGAAGAUUCGAGCGCCGCGGCGGCAAGAUUGAUCCGGACUCUUUUGCAUAGGGUUAGGGUUGGAUUGGUGUAUUUAGUGAUGCUAGCCGUCAUGUCGUUCAAUGUUGGAGUGUUUUUGGUAGCCAUCGGUGGCCAUUGCCUCGGAUUCUUGCUGUUUGGGAGUAGAUUGUUCAAGAAAUCGGCCGUGGCUUCUGAGUCAGCCUCAAGAACAGGCAGCCAGUUACAUCGCGACACGUGGAAAAGGAUUCAACAAAACUAAGGCGGCGGAGACGAGACACGGUUGCUAACUAAUGUCCUAAACCUUGAAAGUCUAAACAAAAUAUCAUUAAAAAAUAUCU